AUGUUGUUUGCGCAGGACACUACGCAGCAGCAUCUUGAUCAACAAAACCUCCAGUAUCUUCAGCAUCAGCAUCAGCAGCAGCAGCAGCAGCAGCAGAAUCAGCAGAACCAGCAGAACCAGCAGAACCAGCAGAACCAGCAGAACCAGCAGAACCAGCAGAACCAGCAGAACCAGCAGAACCAGCAUCCGUCACAACUCGACAAGCUGGGAGCGCUGAACGCGGCCGACUUUGACCUGGACGACUACCAUUCGAACCUCAGCCUGUCGUCAUCGCCCAACUCAGCACAGCUGUCGCCAUCCGUCGCCUCCAACGUCGCCUUUCCGGCGUCGCUGACAGCCUUUGGCGAGCGGGACCCGGUCCUUGUCCCAGCCUUCGACUCCGACCUCGUCUUUGACGACCAGGACUACGACUUUUCUAUGCUGGGCAGCAGCGACCUGACCAUGCAUACUGAGCCCUGGCUGCCACAUAGCCAGCUCGCUGCCGGCCGCUCGUUUGGCCGCAUUUCCCAUCACCGCGAGUCCUCGCUCUCGUCGCUCGGCUCUGCCUCUGCAGGCCCGGCCUCACCCUUUUCCCAGAACACGUCCAACCCGCACAUCGCCGUGACCGACCCCGCCGGCGACGGCUAUCCCAACAUGUCUCCCUACUACGACGACCCGAACUUCCAGCUCACCAAGCAGAUCGCUGCUGGCCCAAACGGUGCGGCCCCAGGCCCAGGCAGCCAUGAUGCCUUUUACGGCAACGGCCACCACGCCGCGUUUGCGUCACAAGACGGCGGGCUGCCCAUGCAACACUUUGGCAGCCUGCUCACAGUCAGCAGCAGGCAGAAGGCUGGUGGCGUCAGCAACAACGACCGCGGCUUUCUGCCGCCUCCCGACCUAGCCAUGGGCCCCAACAAGUCGCAGCCCGUGUCGGUGGCGAGCUCGAUUGCGAGCAACUCGCCCUCCACGCCAUCACUGGACCAGCCAGAUGAGGAGGCCAGGCGCCGAAAUGGUGAGAACUGUGCUGGUGAAAGUGGAAGCUGCGGUGGCGGUGGCAGUGCCGCGAUCUUGUCUGCCCCGGACGAGCUUUCCUUUGUGUUUGAUGAUCGUGAUGAAGACGACGAGUGCUCACUCUUUUUCAAUGACGCAGUGACCUAUUCCAAGCUCGACCGCACCAUGACGGACGCUUACGGCAACGACGAGAUGUACGGCUCCAACUUUGCCAUUCCGACUUCUGCUCCGUCAACGUCUAGUUCCCAUGGCACCGCGCCGCAGAACCAGGACAUCUUCGGCCAGAGGCUUCAGGCCAUCAACAGCCAGCACCUGCGCCAUUCUACCGCCAUGACGGGUGCUGGUCGCGAGAGGUCGCCUUUCCGCCAGGGCUCACCGCUGGCGCCAGCUCCCAGCCAAGAUUUUUCUCACGGAAACUUGCGCUUCGGCUCCCUCCGACAGCCUCGCCAGCAGCAGCAGCAGCAGCAGCAGCCGCCGCCGCGGGUUGUAGCAGGCCCUGAGCAGGCAUAUCGUGCCCAAAUGGUCGUUAACAGCCAAGACAACUCGCCGCCGCAGACCAUUUCGCCCAAGGAUGCUGUUCUCGAUUAUCACGAGGUGGAAUCUGAGAAUGACGCGUCAAACUUCUCGCUCUUUGCGCAGGGCAAUCCUCAGGGAUUUUCCGUCAACCAGAUGGGCAAGUCUGCUGUCAACACGAUGAGCAACGCCUACCCUGCCAUGGCUGACCAGGGCUUCAACUUUCUGCCGCACAUGGCCGCCGGCCUGCAGCAGAUGCCACAUCCGAUGCCACAGCAAAUGCCACAGCAAAUGCCACAACAGAUGCCGCAGCAAUACCCAUUUGUCGCGCAGCAGGCGAGCCAAGCAAGCCAAGCGAGCCAGGCCCCCAACCCACAAGCGCAGGCCAACAACGCCGCCAUCUCGAUGCAGCCAGCCCCAGCGAACGGUGGACCUUCAGCAGCAGCCGGCAACAUCAGCAUGCAGCGCCCUCUCGGUGUUGCCGCGGACGGUGGCACCUACACCUGCACAUAUCACGGCUGUACGCUGCGCUUCGAGACGCCGGCACUUCUACAGAAACACAAGCGUGAAGGUCACCGCCAGACCAACGCCCUGGUUGGCGUACGCAGGAGUGAUGGGCCGCUGUCAGCUGGGCUGCAGAAUACCCAGGCUGGCCCGCACCGGUGCGAGCGCAUCAACCCAAGCACCGGCAAGCCCUGCAACACGGUCUUUUCGCGCCCUUACGACCUGACACGACACGAAGAUACGAUUCACAACGCCCGCAAGCAAAAGGUGCGCUGUGCUCUCUGCACGGAGGAGAAGACUUUUAGCCGUGCCGAUGCUCUGACCCGCCAUUUCCGUGUCUGUCAUCCGGACGUGGAAUUACGCGGUAAACAGCGUAAGCGGCUUGCGAACGUCGCCUGA